AUGUUCUUCAAAAGACUGCCCGGCAUCUCGCCACUACUCACUCUGCCGCGUAGCGCAUCUGGCGACCUUCUUAGUGAGAUUGAGAGCGCUCUCAAGAAUGCCGCGGACUGCACAUCAUGCCAGGCGCUACUCGUCCUGCCACAGACACUUGCACACCUUGGGGACGACGUGUUCGCGGAUACCUUCGUCUCCAUCUGCGACGGCUGUACGGUACGCUUCUGCUUGUCUCACGAGCUCACCGACAUGAUGCACCCACAGCUGGAAGAACUGGACGUCUGCCAAGGCAUUCUCGCAAAAGACGGCCCUAUCCUCUCGUAUGAUCUCUGCCAGAUCACCGUCACCGGCCAGACCGUGACCAAUCUCUGUGACGCCGUGUUCAAUUGUUCUACCGGAAAGCUCUUCCAGGUCAUCUAUGCCAGCGGCGUGCUCAUCAACGGACUCCGCACUGUAGGUCGACUCGGAGGCGAACUGCACGAAGCCCAUAUCUGCUACAGGAACUUCACGGACGAAACAGGUUUUCCAACGGAGCCCGCAGGUCCAAACGGCAACUCGAACUGCGACUCACCAGUGACCUCGGUCAACUCGGUGCUUGAAGCAGCUCGGCGAAUAGGCUCAACUGCCAGGUUUACGCUAUCUACUGGAGAUGUCGUGGAACGUUGGACUGCGUCACUGUAUUCUACAGCAAGCGUUGAUGAGUAA